AUGUCGGGGGGGCGGCCGUUGCGGUUGCUGGGUCUGCACGGCUACCGGCAGAGCGAGCGUCGCUUCCGGCAGCGCACCGGCGCGCUGCGCAAGGCUCUGCGUGGCCGGGCAGAGCUGGUGGCGGUCAGCGCACCGCACCCCGUUCCCGGCGGCGGCGAGGACGGCGACGAGGACGACCCCCCCCGCGGCUGGUGGUUCUCUGGGCCCGGCACUUUUGAGGCGGGGGAGGUGGCGGCGGCGCCGGCGGGGCUGGAAGAGUCGUUGUCGGCCGUGGCGGCGGCGCUGGUGGAGCACGGACCCUUUGACGGGCUGCUGGGCUUCAGCCAGGGCGCGGCGCUGGCCGCCAUGGUGUGCGCCCUGAGGGCCCGCGGUGACCCCCGUUUCCCCGUGGCCUUCGCCAUCCUGGUGGCCGGCUUCGCCAGCCGCGCCCCGGCCCACGGCCAGUUCUACCGAGAGCCCAUUGCCCUGCCUACGCUGCACGUCGUGGGUGAUGCCGACACCGUCAUCGCUGCCACCCUGAGCAGGGAGCUGGCCCGGCACUUCGUGGAGCCUGUUGUCCUCACCCACCCUGGCGGGCAUUUCAUCCCUGUGGCUGCACCACAGAAGAAGGCCUACCUGGACUUCUUGGACCGCUUCCGCCCCGGACAGGGAUAGGCUGAGCCCCCGGGAGCUGGGGCGGUUUGAUAACAAUCUCUGUAAUAAAUGGGGCUCCAGUGAGCCACGUGCAGCCUGCCAUCUUGGUGAAACAUCACUGCGUUUCCGUGCCCUCCAGAAGGGCCAAAGAAUCCUCCUCAGCUCACUGUGCUGCUCUGCAGCAUUAACAUAGGGCCAGGUUAAAUGGUUCUUUGUUACCUCCCUUUGUUUUUUUCCCAACUUUGUUGUACACAUGAGUAUGUGGGUAUGACGAUGAGGGCUUUGAGGACAGGAGGGUGAGGCUGCCCUGUGUGUGAGGUGCUUUCAGAGCCUUGAAUAGCUGUUCAAAAUUGGGGUCCCUCAGCUCAGCCAAAGGAAACAUCUGUAGAGCACACAGCUCCUGCAGCUGUUAAACCCCAAAGGUUUGUGUUUGUUAAUAUCCCUGGUGAAAGCUAUUAAGCCAAGCAUCUAGCUGGUCUGGGUCUAGAAAAACCUCUCAUCCCUGGCAGUGCCAGGGCUGGUCUUCAUUUCAGGAACAAAAUGUCUGCUGGUUCAGCGUGCGUGUGUUGGGAGACUUUUGUA